CGACGGCGAAGAUUCAAGCCACGAAGCGGAGCUGAUCAGUAGAGAAGGAGCGUUGGGGUGCGAGCUGCUGCAACUUGGAGGCCGACGUCUCGUCAAGCCUCUUCCUCUCGCUUUCCAGCAGCGAUCCGACACGCAAUGCAUUGCGUCUGCGGGCAACAAAGAGCUCUCGCUCAAAGAAACCGAGACAUUCGCAUCGAUGCCCAUAUGCCGCUGCCUAAUGAGUGUGUCACCGGUUCGCGCACCAUUUGCUCUGUGAUGAACGAGCAGUGAGGGUGAAGCACACCGCCUGUCGCCUCUAAAGAUGUUUGAAAGGCGAGCUCUUGGCUGCGGACUCCACAGUUUGGAGAGCCGAUUCCCCCGAUUACGUCCGCCAUCCGCCGGGACAUCCACGUCCACGCCCCGAGGUACUUUGUGCAUGAAAAGAGGCCAGGGUUCCUCUUCGACAUGAUCCUUUCAUAUCGUGGGCCACGUGUCGACGGCUCUCACUUUUCAUCUUGCCGUCUCGGAAGCACCUCCAAGUCUCAAAGAAGUCUUCAAUCAAGCACAAUGCCGCUCCAGGUCCCCGGAUACCACACCAACACCCCGCUGCACCCGUCGUUCGACGAGGACAUCCGUGACCUCCACCUGCUGUACGACUACGACGCCGAGGGCGCCGAUGGCAAGCCUGAGAAGUGGCGCUACGAGAUGUGGUUCUUCUCGGAGAACCGUAUCGUGUACUCGAUCCACGGCGGGCCCAUGGCCGGCCGUCUUAACUACCAGACCGUCGCCUUCCAGUGCAUCCGUCCGGGUGAGCUGUGGCAGUGCAACUGGCUCGAGGAGACCGGCACCAUCGUGUCGCUCGUGUAUGACAUCAAGAACGCCAAGAUCACCACCAUGAUCGGCUUCUCCAAGGGCCACUGGGAGCACCCCGAGGACGCGCACGGCGACAAGCGCAACCCGGAGGACUACGCUCGUUGGCGCAAGCUGGCCGAGCACGGCAACAACCGCGACCGUCUCAUUCUGAGCGAGCAGGCCACCAUCCUCGAGACCUUCAAGGGCGCCGGCAACCUCGUGCCGAUCGCCCCUGACGCUGAGACUCUCUAACUUGUAUCGUUAGAGACCUCUAUCUCUGUUUAAAGAGUCUGCGCUGGUGAUUAGAGCAGUUAACAGUAAAUAAACCCACGAUUUUGCGCGUAAGA